CCGAAUCAGUCAGCUAAGUCUCUGUUAGAACCAGAAUACCAGGGAUUGUCCUGCACCCAGAUAUGAAGAAGGUUCCGACUGAGAUACAAACAAAGACACAGCCAGGAGUACACUCAGACUAGCUAGGAACAUAGAGUAGCUUCUUGUUUUUUGUACCUCUUAUCAGGGCGUUUGACAGUUUGUUGAUAAUUGUGAGACCUUUGUUGUUUUGGAACAAGAGGUUUCUCUUCUGCACAUUGUUUCAGACUAGAAGGACAGACAAAGAGACAUAGACAGAAAGAAAAGAGAGAGACACACAAAGCAAUAAACACACAGACAUUCAGUGUUGGAAGACAGCCAUGGGAGUUGAGGAGCAGAGGGCUGGGGAGUUUUACGUGGAGAGGGAUGUUAUGAAUGAGCUUUGCUUGGACAAGUUGGCCAGAAGACGGACUCACUCCACCAGACCUCCCCUGAAGGAGCGGGUGAAAGAUUCCCUCAGGUGUUCAGUGCCCAAGCUGAAGCGUUCUGUGCUGAGCUUUGUACCUAUCCUGUCAUGGCUGCCUCGUUACUCAUUGAGACAAGACGCACUGGGAGACCUCAUAUCUGGCAUAAGCGUUGGCAUCAUGCACCUGCCUAUGGGUUUGGCCUAUGCUCUCCUGGCCUCUGUGCCCCCAGUGUAUGGCCUCUACACUUCCUUCUACCCUGUACUCAUGUACUGCAUCUUUGGCACCUCCAAACACAUCUCCGUAGGCACAUUUGCUGUGACCAGCAUCAUGAUAGGCACCACAACAGAGAGGCUGGCCCCAAACAGUAACUUCAUGACCCUAAAUGGAACCAAUGGGACUGCAGUUCUAGAUGUAGUAGCCCGCGAUGCCCUCAGAGUACAGAUAGCAGCCAGCACCACUUUACUGAGUGGGAUCUUUCUGUUUCUGCUGGGAAUGAUUCGGUUUGGUUUUGUGGUGACGUUCCUGUCCGAUCCCCUGGUACGUGGUUACAUGACAGGAGCAGGUAUACAGGUAGUACUUUCCCAACUCGCAAGCCUCUUUGGGAUCCGCACUGCACGCUUCUCCGGACCGCUGUCUCAGGUCUAUCUCCUAAUAGAUAUCUGUAGACAUCUGCCAGAGACUAACGUUGCGGCCGUGGUGGUAACUCUAGUGGCCUUGGCGGUCCUCAUAACGGUCAAAGAACUCAACAUUUACUAUGAGAAGAAAAUGCCUGUGCCUGUUCCUAUAGAACUCAUAACGAUCAUAGGAGCAACACUUAUCUCUUACUACUGCAAACUGCGCAGCCAAUACAAAGUGGCCGUCAUCGGACAGAUCCCCAAAGGACUACAGCCUCCCAGUUCACCUGACAUUAGUCUGUGGGGUUCGAUAGUUGGUGAUGCAUUCGCAGUUGGCAUAGUGGGAUAUGCCGUUAACAUCUCCUUGGGCAAAAUCUUCGGCCAAAAACACGGCUACACUGUGGACAGCAACCAGGAGAUGGUGGCUAUUGGUCUCAGUAACAUAGUGGGAGGAUUCUUUCAAUGCCACGUUGUUGCUGCUUCUCCACCCCGUACCCUCCUCCAGGAUAGCACUGGGGGCAAGACACAGGUUGUGGGGCUGAUUUCUUCAGUGCUUGUGCUAAUCUUCAUUCUGCAACUGGGGACACUGUUUGAGGAGCUACCCAAGGCUGUCCUGGCCUGUAUAGUGCUUGUGAACCUGAGAGGCCUUUUUAUGCAAUUUAAAGACAUUCCUGAACUCUGGAAGAGCAGUAAGGUCGACCUGCUGGUGUGGUUGGUAACUUUUGUGUGUACUAUCUUGCUGAACCUGGACCUCGGCCUGGCUGCAUCCAUCGGCUUCGCUAUGCUCACUGUCAUCUUCAGAACACAACUGCCGCGGUACUCUAUCCUGGGGCAUGUUCCUGGGACUGAGCUCUACCUGGAUACAGACACAUAUGAGGAGGCAAAAGAGAUACCAGGUAUCACUAUAUUCCGUUCCUCCACCACAAUGUACUAUACCAACGCUCAGCUAUACCUGGAUGCACUGCAGGAGAAGAGUGGAAUUGACGUUGGAAUGCUGCUGAUGAAGAAGAAGAAAAGAGACACUGAAGAAAAGAGGAAAGACAAGAAAGAAAAAAACAAAGCUAAAAAAGAGGCAAAAAAGAAUGGUGUGAAUGGAUGCCUACCCAACAAUACAGUCCAUCCAGAGGACAAGGGGGAUGAAGAGAAAGGUUCUCCAGACCUGAAAUUGAACCAGACGGCCAUUGCCCUAGUUGACCGACCCAUCAACGGACAGGUGAACUGGGCCUUUGAGCAGCAAGGUAACGGGUUCGACCAGGACUCUAAAACUGGUAUUCAUGGCGAUGAUCACAUAACCCAGACGUCCAGUACCGAAGAAGAAGGAGAGAUGGGGAGGACCUCCGUCAACAACACACACACCAUCAUCCUGGACCUAUCCACAACCAACUUUGCUGACACGGCCACUGUGAAGACGCUGAAAAACAUAUUCCUAAACUACAGAAAGAUCGACAUUGACAUUUUUUUAACUGGAUGCCAAGUCUGUGUGGUGGAGCAGUUAUCGAGUGCAGGCUUCUUCUCUGAGUCCAUCCCUAAGAGCUGUGUGUUCACUACGAUCCACGACGCGGUGCUACACAGCCUCCGACUGCAUGGGGCCUCAGACGUACCCAUCAUCUAUGAGUAUGCUCUGGACCUGACCUGCACUACCAAGAUGUAACCAACAGAGGUCACUUUGCUCCUCUUCCACUCCACCUCCCUUCCACUCCGCCUUCCUCCUUCUCCUCCUCUCGUCACACCGCCUUCCGCUGCCUGGUUUCCCAUUGGUUCCCCUCAACUCUUCCCUCUCUGUGAAAGAGAAUGCACCACCACUGUGUGUGUGUGUGUAUGUGUGUGUGUGUGUGUGUGUGUGUGUGUGUGUGUGUGUGUGUGUGUGUGUGUGUGUGUGUGUGUGUGUGUGUGUGUGUGUGUGUGUGUGUGUGUGUGUGUGUAGCCGGUUGGCCCAAGGCAGUUCCUCGUUCAUGUAAUGUUUAAUAACUGAACACAAAAUACUUCCCCGAAAUAAAACUAUAAUACUCCCCAAAUUAUUUGUCAGCCACCUGAGAUGUGUAGUCUAGUUAGCAGUUCUCUUCACUUCCCCCAUAAUCAUCUCCCUCAUCAUAUUUAAUCCAUUCCUCCUGGGGCCAGUGUGACCCAGACAGUAGUAUGUCCUGUACCUCAGGGGCCUUCUCCGAAAUAUAUACACGUAUACACACACAGUACCAGUCACAAGUUUGGACACACCUACUCAUUCAAGGCUUUUUCUUAAUUUUUACUAUUUUCUACAUUGUAGAAUAAUAGGUAAGACAUCAAAACUAUGAAAUAACAUAUAGGGAAUCAUGUAGUAACCAAAAAAAUGUUAAACAAAUCAAAAUAUAUUUUACAUUUGAAUUUCUUCAAAGUAGCCACCCUUUGCCUUGAUGGCACACUCUUGGCAUUCUUUCAACCAGCUUCAUGAGGUAGUCACCUGGAAUGCAUUUUAAUUAACAGUUGUGCCUUGAUAAAAGUUAAUUAAUUUAUUUCAUUCUUCAUACAUUUGAUCCAAUCAGUUGUGUUGUAAAAAAUAAAGAAAAACCCUUGAAUGAGUAAGUGUGUCCAAACUUUAGACUGGUACUGUAUAUAUAAAUAUAACACCCUUGCCUUUCAUGAACUAACACUCACACUUGCCUUUUUCCCCCUUCUAGCACUGACUUUUCUGAUGGAUGAGGAUGGAUGAUUGAGAAAAAAUGUACUUACUAUGACUGAGAUAUGUGGUUGUCCCACCUAGCUAUCUUAAGAUGAAUGCACUAACGGUCAGUUGCUCUGUAAUAGAGUGUCUGCUGAAUGACAAAAAUGUUAAUGUAAAUUACAAUUGCUUUAAUAUAAUUAGCUCUAGCUAAGUCCUCUGUCUCUCAUAGGCUAGGGUGACAUGGUUUCAUUGCCAAGGGGAAAAAAUACAAUGGGUUAUUUCUUAAGCCUCACUGCUGAUAAUGUAAUCAUAAUGAUCAUAAUCAUAAUCAUAAUAAUUUCCUAAAACAGAAACAUGUUCAAUAUCCACUGAGUGAGUAUGAGUAGCAGCUACUCACUCUAUUAUCCAAAGGUGUUUGUAUCAUAUCACUGACAACUUUCACAUUUUAGUUAAUUAUCAACUACUUACUACAUGUUAGCUACUUUGCAACAACAUAGCAUCCUUCCCCUAAACCCUAAACCCUAAACCCUAACCCCUAGCCUAGCUAACGUUAUCCACCUAGCUAACGUUAUCCACCUAGCUAACGUUAUCCACCUAGCUAACGUAAGCCACAGCAAAUUGGAAUUCUUAACAUAUACAGUCCAGGUUGGCAUCACAGCCUUGACCCACAUCUAUACAUCAUAUAUUUCAUGGUCAAAUCAAUGCCAAAGGGAGUAUAGUUCUCCCCUAGUUUGAACACUGUUAUAGAGCUAAUCUCGUUGUAUCUUUCUGUAUUUUUCUAAAGAGGAUGUGAAUAAUUCAUGUUAAUGUGCAUUUUGAACAUUUUACCUAAAUUGUUCAUUUCCUGAUCUAAGUUAAUCUACUUUGAAUACAUUGAAUACGAUUUGUAAUUUUCUAGCAUUGAUCGAACACACUCCAGUAUCUUAAAGUAAAAAUUCUUGUUUCUGAGUACAUGGCUAAAUAAAAUCAGCAGAUCUAUUG